AUAGAGCCCCGGGAGAAGGUUAUGGCCAUUUGGAACAGACAGACACUGUUUGUCAUAUGUCUUAAGGAUGUCAAUCAAACCGAUGGAGUACUUAAUUGGUAUCGAGUGAGCAGACAUGUAAUGGGCAGACAUGAACCAAUUGACGACAACAGUCAGGCCCCUGUAUACCAGCAACAUGGACCUGAUUCGGUCAAACUGUUCCUGGUCAAUGUUCCCAAACGAAAUUCGGGAUUUUAUGAGUGCAGACACACUAAGGAUAAUAAAGUGUUUUCUUCGGACAAAUUUGAGCUAAAAGUCUACAAUUCUAUCGAAAUGGACGGAAAUAAAUACACUAAUGUGGGCACAGAAGGGGAUGCCUUCGCAAUGUUAUGCUUCUCUAAGUUUGAUUCUGACCGCGAGGCCACUGAAGUCGAGGUCACAUGGAUUCGCAACAACAGUCGUAUUGUAGACGACGACAACCACAUUAGGGUCAGAACACGAGUGGAACAGUCGGUCAGUCAGAAGACCAUCAGAAGUACGCUCGGCUUCAAAAGAUUGGUCAAAAAGGAUGAGGGCGUCUAUACGUGCGAAUCGGUUUACGCCAACCCUUUCCUCGCAGAUGCCAUGAGCGGUCUCGAUGUUAAGCACAGAAUCAUAAACACCAAGAAUCUAAGUGUUUUGUCACUCGAGUACGAGAAUAUCGGCAAAAUUGUGAACAAAUUGAAUGACCCGAACGGACACUCCCGACGAUUCCAGUGUAAGGCCAGGAAUACCAUCGGAGAAGAGAGAAUCACUUUCGAAGUAAAUGUCGGAACACUUCCGAAACAACCCAUUCUUGCAAACUACUCAUAUGAACAAGGAGUCUUGCAUUUGACAGUCAAUGACACGAGAGUUGAGCCACCGAUUGAUAUUUACAAGUUGGAGAUUUCGGACAUCCAGCACAUUUAUUUGAACGCCUCGAACCGAAGUCCAUUGGCUAAUAACACGUACGACAUCUAUGUGGAGGUACCAUCGGGACAGCACCCGAUGAUGAUCUUCGCCCACAACCCGGUCGGAUGGUCUGUCCGGACGGACCCAAAUGACCCACAAGUGUUGACAGUAAGCAGUGCUGCGGUUAGCCAGCAAUCUCUGUGGAUGUGGUUUGUAAUGAUUGCCUCAAUCGUGAGUUUAGUUAAUGCUGUCUAAGACUGCGGGCAAUCAGUCAAUAAUUUGCUGCUUUUUAUCCGUAAUUAUAAGAAUUUCGCCGCAAAUGUCUAAUCGAUUCAAAUAAUUAAACCAAAAAUUAAUCUUAUAUUUGAAUGAAGUGUUGACUAAAUAGUCUUUUAUUGGUUUAUAUAAAACACACCUCAAAGAGAAAUUAUUUUUGUUGUUAAGUUAAUCUCA